AUGGCGCGCAUCACGAGAGUAGUCGGUGCGGCGCUCGUCUUGACAACAGCCGUCGUCGCGACCUCUGCCUCGACGCACAAGACAGCAGACGACGAGUUGAUCUUGGGUCUGUUCACGCCAAACUGCUUCGAGGCGUUCGUGACGCACUACGACUUUGCCAAUGGCGCGUGCAUCAAAGCGGUGGUCAGCAAAGCGCUGAGCUAUGCCAUCAUCACGGGCAGUGUGAUCCUGAAGCUGCCGCAGAUUCUCAAGAUCGUGGCGGCCAAAGACGUCACGGGCCUCACGCCAAGUGCCUUCUACAUGGAGGUAGUGCUCUACCUGUCCAGUACCAUUUACAACCUCUUGCGGGGUUAUCCCUUGUCCACCUGGGGCGAGAACCUCGUGAUCCUGGCUCAAAACAUCGCCCUGGUGCUGCUGCUCUGGACGUUCUACAAGCCGACGAUCCCCACGACUACGCGCUUUGUCCUCGUGUUGGUCUUCGCUGCGAUGGCGGCGUCUAUGCUCUCAAUCCCGGAAGAGUUCCAGUGGCUAUUGGCGUCUGCGGGGAUCCCCGUGAGUAUCGUCGCUCGCAUUCCGCAGAUUCUGUCCAAUUUUAGACAAGGCCACACGGGCCAGUUGGCGAUCAUCACCUUGGUGCUCAACUUGGCCGGAUCGGUCGCACGCUUGUUCACGACGCUGCAGGAAACGGGCGAUCCCGUGCAGGUUGCAGGCUUUGGCGUGGGCAUUUUACUGAACGGGACGCUGGUGCUGCAGGUACUGGUGCUCUGGGGAGCGACAAAUAAGGUGCUGGCGCAGGCGUCCAAGAGGAAGGCCGAGUAG